UGGGGCCGCGGGACCCAGGACUCCCAGCAUCCUCUGCGAGGCGCCGGACUGCCCGGGUAGGAGGAGAAGGGAGAGGCGAGUAAAUAUUUACGGAAUCUGUGGCGAAGUCGCCUUUCUGGAUGGCAGCGUGUGAGGAGGAGCUGGAAUCCCCAACGGAACAGCUGGAUGUAGCGCGAGGCCAGGAGAACUUGCCCGUGAGCGCGUGGCCCCCGGGGGCGGGCCCAGAGCCCUUCCAGUAUACCCCUGAUCAUGUAGUUGGACCUGGAGCAGACAUUGAUCCGUCUCAAAUAACCUUUCCUGGAUGCAUUUGUGUCAAAGCUCCCUGUCUCCCUGGAACUUGCUCCUGUCUCCUCCAUGAAGAGACCUACGACGACCAUUUGUGCCUUAGAGAUACAGGGUCAGAAACAAAGUAUGCCAAGCCUGUUUUUGAGUGCAAUGUCAUGUGCCAGUGUGGUGACCACUGCAGAAACAGAGUGGUCCAGAGGGGUCUCCAGUUCUGCCUCCAGGUGUUCAAGACAGAUAAAAAAGGCUGGGGGCUUCGCACCUUGGAACUUAUACCAAAGGGGAAGUUUGUCUGUGAAUAUGCUGGUGAAGUUUUAGGAUUCUCCGAAGUACAAAGAAGAAUUAACUUACAAACAACAUAUGACUCAAAUUACGUUAUAGCUAUCAGGGAACAUAUUUAUAAUGGGCAGAUAAUGGAAACAUUUGUUGACCCUACCUAUAUAGGAAAUAUUGGAAGAUUCCUUAAUCAUUCUUGUGAGCCAAACCUAUUGAUGAUUCCUGUUCGAAUUUACUCAACGGUACCUAAGUUAGCACUUUUUGCAGCUAAAGACAUUUUGCCAGGAGAAGAACUCUCUUAUGACUAUUCAGGAAGAUUUCUUAAUCAAACAGACAGUGAAGAUACAGAAGGGCCAGGUAAUGGGAAACUAAGAAAAGCUUGUUACUGUGGUACCCAGUCAUGUACCGGUUUCUUGCCUUAUGACAGUUCAUUAUACCACCACUUAGAAAAGCGCGACAUCAACUAGGAAGUCUGUUCAGUGGGCAGAAAUAAGUGGGAACCAAGCGUGUGUGGCCUCCCCACUUCUGGGUUCACCUUCUGCAAGUAAUUUACCCUCUAGGUAAUUCUGCUGUGUGGUAAGCAGCUUACCCCUCCCUGGAAGGGAAGCCAGUGGGUGUUCAGCCUUGCCUCUGCCUUCCUGCAUAAGUUUAAUUCAGGAAUGUGGCAGAGACCCUGAAUUGUCUACCAGUAUCCCCUUUUAUAAUAGAAUUCUCAUUUUGUUCUGGGUGUAUGACUGCCCAGAGUACUUACUUUCUUAUUUAGAUGUGGCUAAGUGAUUUGUGUUCUACUUAAUGAGAUGUAAUCAGAAUUAGUAUGUCCUUUAGUGGAGAUAAGUUGCCCUUCCUUUUUGUUUUCCAUUAAACUGGAGUACAUACAUGAUGGCUAGAACUGGGGUAACAAUUCUGGACUCUAAGAUGACCCUGGGAAAUGGUUAUACCUAGCAAAUCAACAAGAUAGAGAGGAGUAUCUGGUACUCUAGAAAUGCUACUGACCUGAUCAACACUUCCUGGACUUUUAGAUGAAAAAUAGUGUAUCCUUUGUUUAAACCAGUUACUUGCACUUAUACCAAAGCUAGUCAAGAUUCAAGCCUUGUGGCUGAAUACCUAAGCCUAGCUUCUAUCAGUAAUAAAGUUGGUACUUUUUUUCCUGUC